UGCGACAUAACACCGGAUAUGACGGUAUUGAUCACAGUUGCGGAAGUAUCUGUUUAAGUCGCUGACAUGACAAGUUCGAAGUCGGUGCAAGAAGCUGAUAUUUUAAUUCAGUGUAAUCUUCGAAGGGACACAUUGACAUAAAGGCUGCAGUUCUAAUGUGGAGAGGCAGCGUUGAAGUCCCGUGCUUAUCGCCAUGGCAUCAUCCCCAUCUUUCCCUCUCCUCCUCUUCCUCUCCCCUCUGAUCCUCCUGACCGUUCACCCACUGCACACCCCACCUCUGUCACCAGACAACCCCCAUUUCCGUUCCCCUCCCCCCUCCUGUGGCCCGGGACAGUCGUGGGCAGUGCGUCUGCACGCCCGUCUGGACGAUGAAGGGCACGACCUGGACGAGCUGGCGCACCUGGUGGCGGAGGAUGCCGGCCUGGAGAACCGUGGGCAGAUCGGCCAGCUGGCCGGACACUACCUGCUGUGUCAGGGGGCCGACGAGGGCCAGAGGGGUACCGGCGCGGGGAAGGCCCUGGCUGCCCAUCGGUACGUGGCAUGGCACUCACAGGAGCUAAUCCUCAGCAGGUCGAAGAGGAGUGUGGCGUUCAACGAUCCCAAGUAUCCCAAACAGUGGCAUCUGCACAAUGAGCUCAGAGCGGGCAUGGACAUCAAUGUGACAGGAGUCUGGGAGCGCAACAUCACAGGGGCAGGGGUCACGGUGGUUGUCGUUGACGACGGUGUCCAACACACUCUGGCAGAUAUUCAGCCCAACUAUAGCCCUGAAGGCAGCUAUGACUUGAACUCCAAUGACCCUGACCCCAUGCCCCACCCUGAUGCCCGGAGCGACAACCACCACGGCACUCGCUGUGCUGGUGAAAUCGCAGCCGUGUCCAACAACAGUUUCUGCGCUGUGGGCGUUGCUUAUGGCAGCAAAGUUGCAGGUAUCAGGGUGUUGGAUGGACCACUAACUGAUAGUAUGGAGGCUGUUGCUUUUAACAAACACUAUCAGGUCAAUGAUGUCUACAGUUGCAGCUGGGGACCCGAUGAUGAUGGGCGCACUGUUGAUGGACCUCAUCCUUUGGGCAAGGCAGCGCUGCAGCAUGGUGUGAUAGCCGGCAGGAGGGGUUUUGGCAGCAUUUUUGUUGUUGCCAGUGGCAACGGUGGCCAAUACAACGACAACUGCAACUACGACGGCUACGCUAAUUCCAUUUACACUGUUACCAUUGGAGCGGUGGAUGAGAACGGGAGGAUGCCCUUCUAUGCGGAGGAGUGCGCGUCCAUGCUGGCGGUCACCUUCAGCAGCGGAGGCAGAUCUCUGCGCAGCAUUGUGACGUCGGACUGGUCUCUGCAGGAGGGCACGGGGUGCACGGACGCCCACACGGGCACCUCGGCGGCGGCUCCGCUGGCGGCGGGCAUGAUCGCGCUGAUGCUGCAGGUGCGGCCCUGUCUCACCUGGAGGGAUGUUCAGCACAUCAUCGCCUACACGGCCACUCAGUACACUGAUGCGCGGGCUGACUGGGAGACUAAUGGUGCUGGGUUCCACCACAGCCAUCAGCACGGCUUUGGCCUUCUCAAUGCCUGGAGGCUGGUCAAUGCUGCCAAGGUGUGGGAUUCUGUUCCUUUUCUAGUGUCCUACCAAAGCCCAGUCCUGAGAGAGGAGAGGCAAAUCCUGGCCUACCCUGCCAACCUGGUGCUCAGCUGGAAUGUCACAGCGGCAGACCUGAAGCAGUCGGGCAUGAAAACCUUGGAGCAUGUGUCUAUGACCAUGACGAUGGCCCACCCUCGCCGCGGCACCGUGGAGAUCGUGCUGCUCUGCCCGAGUGGGAUGUCCUCCCUCAUCGGGGCCCGCCGAGCCCUGGAUCCCGAUGCCUCUGGCUACAUGGACUGGACCUUCUCCACUGUGCGCUGCUGGGGGGAGAGGGCCGAGGGCCAGUACACCCUGCAGAUCACUGACCACAGAGAGCCGAGCCUGUCGCUGGGCACCCUGAACCACUGGAAGCUCACGCUCUACGGCUCCUCCAUGUCAUUCCAGGAGGUGAAGGAGAGGCAGAGGCUUGUGGUGGAGGCCAUGGGUGGACAGUACCUGAACAGCAACUUCUCCCUGCCUUGCCCGCCUGGCCUGGACAUCGCCCCCGAAAAGGUGAACCCCCUCACCUCCAACAGCCUUAAGUCUCUGCUGCUGCUGGGCUGCUUCGCUCUCUUCUGGUCGCUGUACUACACGCUGGAGGUGGCCCUGGCCCACCUGGACCUGCGGGAGCUGUGGAGGGGCCGGCGGGGCCGCGCCCAGGACGGCUUUCAGGCCGUGCGGCUGGAGGAGGGCCCUGAGAUGGAGCUGCAACUGCAGCAGCAGCAGCGCGUGGCCGACACCGUCGCCAAGGCGCCUCUCAUCACGGCCGACUCAGCCACGUAACACCCAGGCCACCUCCGUUUACCAGCCCCCCCCGUCCCCCCCAACCAUCACCCAGCAGCCCACAGAUCACUCCAGCCCAGUGAGUGCAGUUUGUCUCUCUGCUGCAUUGACUGAGGGGAAGCCUACGCUUUCAGCAGCAUAGUAAGUUGCUGCUGUAUUGUGCUGGAGGCAAAAAAAAAGAAACAAUAGGAUUUUGGGCAUUGGACCCUAACACCUUUUGGGGUGGUUACUGGGUCUUUUUGGGGUGGUUACUGGGUCUUUUUGGGGUACUGAUGAACUGGGGGGUGCCAGUCAAUACCCAGUGCCACCCCAUGAGCAGGGUUGCUACGAGCAGACGUGGUUGUGUGACGUAUAAUGGUGCCCUCCUUCAGGGUCGUCAUGGAUGGUACUAGACUCUCUGUCACACCGUGGAGGGAAUGUGCAGUCGGACCUCAAGGUUGGCCGAGAUCCAGAUUACCUAAUGGACUCAAAAGAGGAGUUGCCCCCUGCCUUGGCCAACUGCUGAAGUGCACUAUGGUUGCUUCUAAAUGCUGCAUAUAUAUAUCCACACACAAAUAGUGUGGGCGUGAGUGUGUGUGUGAGCGAGAGUAUGUGUGUACGGGGGUGGAGGGGGUGAAGAGGCCUAGGGAG